UAUUCAAAUAAGCUUUCGUUGCAAAUAAAAUGACUAUUUUGUAACCAUAAAUGACGAUGUUAAGCGUUUAUAAGCUUUGUUCGGGUUAGUUGUGUCAGAGUUGUGUUGAGGUUGUUUUUUCGUGUCGAUAAUGUCAGGUUUUCCAGUAGGGGGCAUCGUUGCCAUCGUGGUGGGCGGUGUUGCGGUCUUGGUUGUCAUUGCAAUCGUCAUAUUUUGCUUAAUUUACAAAAGGAGCUCUGUGAAAUUAGGGCAUCAGCAGCGCUCGCGCUCGAUCAAAGGAAAAUGGAUCCGGCGAAGUGGAGACGAAUAUGACCCUAGAAAUUUCGGAUCCAGUUUCGAAACCAGAGAUAUGGGAGACCGCGAUCGCCCGAUCAGCUACGAUCGCCGCUACGUGCACACGGAAGACAAGGCUGUUGAAGCGGACCUACGCCACAGCCUCUACAGACGCGACACUAUCUCGAACUACGGGGAGGUGAAGAUAUUUAGUUUGGGCGACAGGUACCACCUUCCCGGGGGAUCACAGCCCGACACCCACCGCCACAGCGGGCAUCUUGCACCACAGGGUGGCUCCCACUUUGACCAACUUUUAGAGCCCACAAACUCGAAAACGCAACUGUUGAAGGAAGAACCUUCCUACGAGAGAAAUUCGAGAAUCAUGAUGUCUGAUUACGGGUAUGCAGUUGCCAAUAGACCGCAGUUACAAACGCCUUCAGCCGCGUAUCCUGUAGACGAUUACCCAUACGCUACGGUAGACAAGCGCCCCGUGGCUGGCCGACCUAGCUCCUCAGUGUACCACGUGGAACUCCGCAAUUUAGCCACCCGACCUGGCGUGCAUCGCUUGCCGUCCACCAACGGGGGUAGCAAACACGACAGCUUCCGGGCCAGCGCAGGUGUGGAUCUUGGGGCGGAGCCGAGGAGAGCCUGGGAUACGAGCCAUUAUGGUCAGCAAGCUGGAAGGCGCAAUCUAGACUUCGUCAGUUUCUAGACAGCACGUGUACGGGUGAUCUUAGUGACACAUGGGCUUGUGGGCCUAUUGUGUACGGUUGUAAUUGUGUUACGAACAUUUAUGUCAACGGGCUACGAUCUUCCGUCGUUCACAUUUUGUGUCAAAAACUGUAUUUGUAUUCGUAUUUUGUAGCAACAAACACAUGAACACAAUAAAAAAGAUGGUCCAAACCACCAUCGCGUCGUCUAGUUUGUUCGUCUCAAGGAGUUGGCUGCACAAUCGUCGCGGACUAAACAAACUUAAAAAAAAUAGUGGGCCCCGUCCUGCGAAACUGGAUCUUACUUUGGCCAGCUUUGUUCCAGACCAGCGUGCGCAGUAUGGUCAGUAGCUAGCCGCUCAGCCAAUGAGACCACGAAACCUUGCGUGACGUUAUUAUGCGCAGACUGUGGCAUAAGACUCAUUUUCAGACAACGCGAUGUCAUUUACAUUGGACAAAUAUGAAUUGUUUGGGUAUUUUUCUUACUUUUUGGCAUUGGAAUAGUAUUUGCAGUUGCGUUCAUCUAAUCUUCAUCGCAUUAAACAACGUAGCGUUUUAUUACGUUACGUUACUAUUACGAAACUGUGUGUUAGUGGAGUGGCUUAUUCAUGAUCAUGUGACCUGCAAAUAUGUUUCUUCUCUAUGACAUUGUGCUAUAAAAGUCGCCGUUAUAUUUUGCAAUCCUACUGUUGAAACAUUAAUAAUGACACUGUCGUUUAUUCCAAUUUAAUUUCAAAAUCCU